UUAAUGAAGAUGAAAGUAGCAGUCCUGCCCUCUUCAGUUGCUGGCAACUCCAGCUGUGUGAGGAUGCAUCUGUUUUUCACGUCUUUAUUCCCCAUCACCCUGCUGAUGGCGUCCCACCUGGUGAGCGCCACUGUGUCCAAGAGCUUCAAAGAGUGCAGCCAAUUCUUCUACAUGCAGACCCCGCCUGCAGGGAUCAGAGGAACAAGCCUCAAGUGGAUCUGCCAGAAAUAUGCAGACAAACUUCGCUACGCCACACUGUAUGACAGCAGUCGCCAUCUCCCCCUCUACUCGGCCUACAUCUUUAAGAAGUCUGACGGGAAGAGGAGGAUGGACACCCCCUGGAUGUAUGAGCCUCAGCUGCUUUCAAAUGAUGAGAGUAGUAACAUGAAGGCACUUCCCCUGAGUGAAAAGACUCCCCCUCUGAUCGAGGACAGCCAGCUUGUUUUAGAGGACUACACGGAUGCCGUAGGAUAUCGACGUGGCCCACUAAACCCUGACUUGCACCAAGCAGAACCAGAUGACAAAUCCUCCACUUACACCCUGACCAACAUAGUUCCACUGAUCACAGAUUUCCUGGAAACCUCUUGGAACCCAUACUUAGACAUCGUUCGCCGACGUCUCAACAAUUUCUGCCACGGCAAAUCUUUUGUAGUGACAGGGGUGACUGUUUCAGGGGCUGCCAUUCAGCGUAAUAACAGGGACCGUCUCAUCAUUCCAAAACACUUAUGGCUGGCAUACUGCUGUCCACAGUUUGAUCAUAACUCACCAUAUGAAGUGAGGUUUAUGUUCCCUAGCUACGGCGGCUAUGCACUGAAUGAACAGGCUGGAUUUAGUGUAGUCGAGGUACCUCUAAAGACUCUGGAGACAUUCUUAAGGAGCCAGACUGACAUAGACAGUGACAUGGCCAUAUUCUACAAGGGAUGUGUGGCAGAAAAUCCCUUAAAGAAGAAGAGAGACCUUACCAAUGUUUUAGUAUGAUGGAAUUUUCAUAGUUGAUCUUCUACAUGAAAAACAGUAUUUUGUCAAAAGCUAGCUUGCAGUUAGUAGCCAAGCUAGUGUUAGCUAACAUGAGCCAGCUCAGAGAAAACCUGAAUAAAAGGAAAACAUGUUUUCUAAAAAAUAUUCUUCAGUGUUUUUAACCACUUAAAAAAAUCUGACAAUUAUUUUGUUAAAGUUAAUGUUUAGCAAUUAAUGAAUCAAAUUAAAAGCCCAAACAACUACCCAGAGGUGUUUUAAGAAAGAUGACUUGGUUUUAGAAAAACUUUAUAAUUGACUUGAAGUCUGUCCUGCUUUCUCUGCUGUUUUUGUCCUACAGAUAGACAGGCUUCAUUAGAUAAAACUAGCCAUUAGCUUUCUGGCUAGUGUUAGCUUACCCUACUUUUAUGGAGAAACUGGCAGCUCGCUGGCUAAUGCUAAUUUGCUUGCUUGCUAAGGUUUUCUAUUUUGAGUCCAUUUGUAUGCUAUACUUAGCUAAAGCUGGUCAGUGCUAUCUUUGGGAGCUGAGGAGAGGCAUUGUGACCAUAAUAGUCAUGUCCUUGUCUCACUCACAGGCUCUUAGAGGCAACACAGAAAUUAACAAACAGUAUAUUUUAAAGUCACAUUGCAGUCUGUUUCACACACUGGCAAUAAAAAAGGGUUUCACACAUGAAAAAAAGUUGCAGACUUUUUAACAGGAUGCAGAGUAAUGCAGGAAUGUUGAAAUGCAUCUAUUGCAAAAACAAGACUAAGCCAACUUUACAGUGUUGAGCAAUCCUGCUUCACAUGUUAUUGAAUAAAUUAAAGUAUAAUUCAGUUAGAAAGGAAUAGAGCCAUUGAAUUGUUACAAUUUAUUAAUCUUGCCUUUAUGGAAACAAAUUAUGAACCCAAUGGCAUCUUUAUUAAAUCCUUCCUGGGGUAAUUGCCAUAGCUGUUAAAAUUUCCUGCACUUAAACUGAAUACAUUCAAGCCAAAAUGACCUGACUUGUAAUUUGUCCACAUCUUUGUCUUUAUCCCACCUAUUGUUCUCCUCGACUCUAUUUGUAUUAUGAACUCUAAAGUGCUCAAUUUCAGAGUCCAGAUGUUCAAACCAAAUUUAAAACAUUGUGCUUAAAUAUUCUACCUCAUUUUUGAUCUAGGUGACGGAGAAGAAUUUGACUGUUACUGACCUGUGCUGUAUAUGGUAAUGCUGAAGAAAUAAAGCUCAAAUGUGCACUUAUUUAUAUAGUAAAAUACAAUUUUCAGAAAUUCCUCCGUGGAAAGAAAAUUAUAGCCAUAUAUAAGAACUGAGCAACCACGAGUAUCUUUAACUUAUAUUCUGUCUUUAUCCAAAAAUGUUUCAUUAUUUUGCAUUUCACAGGAUGACCAGCAGAUAGAAAACAGCAUGUCACAUAUUGCUGCUGGAAAAAAUGAGUGCUUCUAUGUCUGGAAAGUGUUGAAAAUAUGCA